AUGAUGACUACAGAUAAGAAAUAUAAGGAUGAAGAACCUCUCACCGAUCAUCAAAGCGAAGGUGAAAAUUACAAUGAAGAGGAGGAAUCAGCGGAAAAGCAUUUUCUUGAACAUACUUGGACGCUUUGGUAUCACAAUCCUCAAGCUAAAUUGAACGAACAAAAUUACUCUCAAUUUUUCAAUGAAGUUUAUACAUUCUCAGAUGUUGAAACAUUUUGGAGUGUGUUUAAUCAUAUCCGAGGACCAAGUGAUAUCACCACUGGUACCACUUACUUCUUAUUAAAGGAAGGUAUAAAGCCUGAAUGGGAGGAUCCAAAAUGUAUCAAUGGAGGAGAUUGGGUUUACAGUUUUCCGAGGAAAUUCAACAAUGCUGAUCAGUAUUGGCUUGAUCUGGUCAUGUUUUGCGUCGGAGAAAGUUUUACAUAUUCAGAAAAUCUACUGGGGUGCUGUGUUGCAAAUAGAAAGAAUCAGAUCCGUAUAAAUUUGUGGGUUAACACGCUAGAUGAAACGAUCGUGAAAAAAUUUGGCGAACAACUUAAAUACGAAGCUCUAAAGCUUAACCCGUCAGUCACAAUUGAUUUCAAAUCUUUUAGAGACCAACUUGAUGGAAAAAAGACAAUUCUUCAGACAGUUUAA